GUCGUCGCCUGAGAGGCGUUCUGGUUAGGAAAGAGAGGUCAGAGGUCGCGGGGGCAGAAGGCGUUUCUGCCGCUGGCCUAGUCGUUAUGUAGCGGAGGGGUAGGCACCCCCCGUCACGUUCUGGAAGGUUCUUGGGCUCGACUAGGGCAGUAGCCCCAGGACUUCUAGUCCCCGGCUUCGGGUCCCUGCCGGCUGAGCGGAGCCGCCGCCGCCAUGUUUGGCUGCUUGGUGGCGGGGAGGCUGGUGAGGGACUUAAGCUCAGUUGGCAGUGGAAAUACUCGCCUGAGCUCAUAAAGUGAGUUCGAGGUAAAUGUGGUGUUUGAAUCUAGUCUGUAGCGUCCUGUUUGUCGAAGAUGAAGGUACUCGGGCAAAGUAUAACUGCUGGGUCCUUUUGGAAGGGCCCUAAUAAAAAUAUGCUUAACGUAAUUGGAAAUUGGCUGAUAGAAACGCCUGAAACUUAAAGCAUGAGAUGACCCCAGAAGGAGGUGCAAACAGCUGCACAGCAAGUGGCAGAGGAUAAGUUUGUUUUUGACUUGCCUGAUUAUGAAAAUAUCAACCAUGUUGUGGUUUUUAUGCUGGGAACAGUCCCAUUUCCUGAGGGAAUGGGAGGAUCUGUCUACUUUUCCUAUCCUGAUUCAAAUGGAAUGCCGGUAUGGCAACUCCUAGGAUUUGUCACAAAUGGGAAACCAAGUGCCAUCUUCAAAAUUUCAGGUCUUAAAUCUGGAGAAGGAAGCCAGCACCCUUUUGGAGCCAUGAAUAUUGUCCGAACUCCAUCUGUUGCUCAGAUUGGAAUUUCAGUGGAAUUAUUGGACAGUCUGGCUCAGCAGACUCCUGUAGGUAAUGCUGCUGUGUCUUCAGUUGACUCAUUUACUCAGUUCACCCAAAAGAUGUUAGACAACUUCUACAAUUUUGCUUCAUCGUUUGCUGUCUCUCAGGCCCAGAUGACACCAAGUCCAUCUGACAUGUUCAUUCCGGCAAAUGUGGUUCUGAAAUGGUAUGAAAACUUUCAAAGACGACUGGCACAGAACCCUCUCUUUUGGAAAACAUAAUUUGAAUAAAAUAAUUUUUAAUGGA